UAAAACAAAUAGUUGGGCGCUUUUAGGGUCAGUGUAUAGUUUGGUAAUUGAUAUUUUCGUUUAAUGAAUGGGAAUUUUUAAGAACAUAAAAACUAUUGGUUUAUUUCAAUGUAAUCUUGUAAUAUGUAAAUGUUCAAUUGAACAUCGUAGCUUUCUUUUUGUUCGUGUCGAAAAACAAUAAGUAGAUCCAAAGACUGAUUGACUAUCACUUUAUAGUUCAUAUGGCAAAAAUAAAAAUCAUCAGUUACUAAAUUAUUAUAACGUAAUUAACGGACGUCUUUUUCAAAUUCGGGAACCGGAAGUUGCUGUUUAAAUACACAACAGCUGAUUGGCCUCUAGGGGGGAAGAAAACUGAUUAUCCGUUUGCGCAUGCGCUGAAAGUCAGCAACUUCCGUUUUACAGGUUUAACUUUUUACAAGGGUUCGCAAAUGUAUCAACUAAACUCAAAUAAUCGACCUCUAGCUGAGAUAGGCGCCAGCGACCCCAAAAAGGGAAUAAGCGGUAGGAAAUGGAUGGAUGGAUGGAUUCUCCUUUAAAAUAACGACGCCGCUGAAAUGAGAAUGGCCGGCGGCUUUUCUUCCGGCAGCUUCUUUGCCGGUGGAAGCGUCUUCAUGGACUUUUGAGGCAUGAAGGUUGGCAGAUUUUCGGGGUGGCUGGUGAGGUCACAUAUGGGGAAAAAACUUGGAAUUGACCUGCAGUGUGAACAAGACCAAGACAGAGGGCAUAGAAACAAGGUUCCGGUGAAUCCCUCUCACCAAAAAGGAGGACAUAGCCAGCAAGUGUCCUCCCGUGUGGGUAAUCAGUGUGGUGGGAGAGGACACAGCUUGAAGAGCUCCGAAUUUAGCAUCUCUUCUCAAAACAGUGUUUCGACAGUGGGCAUCAACCGCGGGGACGAUGAACAGGAUGGAAGAGGAGGAAAAGGAGACAGAGGACCAGCACCGGGUGAAGAAUAUGAAGAGCAAAAAUUGGAGAUCAUUCAGACUCAGAGUGACAUGAUGGUUUGGGAGAGCUCAGACCAGUCAAGCUUUUCAUGUUCUAGCGGCUCCAAGGCACUGUUUUCUGGGUUUGCAGACAUUUCUCCAGAAGAGCAGAGGUUUGAAUAUUACUCCACCGAGAGUUACCUCGAUCGCAUCAGCUGGCUGCUCAUUCAGUGGGGAGACCGAAUGAAUCAAUCUACUCGUGCAGCUUUGAUUGCAGAACUAAGAUAUCCAGCACCUCGGACCUCGUCAAGUGGCUUUGGCUCAGCACCUGCUGGAUGUGGGUCCUCUUCCCUUGAUGUUGGCAAUAAAGGGUUUGAGGCCGAACCACCAGCCCAAGCAACUAAUAUCAGUUUAGCUUCUCCAGCGAGUGGAUUAGGCUCUCCAGUGGCCCCAACAUCUCCUCCUGGUUUCAACGGUGCCAUCCCAGCUGUGACACAACCGCCCUCCGGGUCUGACGCCACCCCGUCUACAAGUUCUGAUGCACCUCCGGGCUCCCCCUGCCCCCGCUCGUCCGGUGAAAAACUUGCGGCUCCAACUUCGGGCACAGGUUCCUCCUCCACAGCCGAGACCAACAAAGCGAUGGAGAAGUCCGUCGCACCUGCAGGAAAUUUGCCAGGACAGGUGCGUGCGGUGGAAACCUCAGGCGGUCUUUACUCCCUUGAGAGCGAGCUAACCCAGGAGGAGCUGGAUCAGUUCAAAGCACAAAGGUUCACUUUGGGCCUGAUUCCUCUGAAGCCGCCUUCUGCUGCAAUGCUUGCCAUUUAAUGCUUACAUUUAUGUAUUUAUUUUUUAUAAACAGUUUUUAUUCAUUUAAAUUAAUGCACAUAUAGAAAUAUCUAUAACAAACUCCUCACUCCCCACACUCCAAACAGUCCUUGGACAAAAUAAAUAAAUGCACAUAAAAUAAAAUAA